AAUAACGAUUUUCUGUGCCAUUUGAUGCUUGAUCCGAUUUGGAUUCGAUGUGCAAUUGGGCAUAACUCGUGCAUAUAUGAAUGAAUACAAUCAUUCAACGCUAUUAUUGCACAUGAUUAUCACAGAAGCACGGAAUAACGGUAAACAGAACACCCUUUUGUACUCGCAUCCCAAUAGAGGGAAUUACUAUCGAAACUGAAUGAUUGAAGCCAAUCAAGCCAUGCAUGGGCUUGGGUUCGUGAGAACAGCCUGUCUGCUCAUCAGUGCCUGGCUACCGGAAAUCACAUCCCUGAAAUCCCGUCUCGAAGCAGCAGGAAUAGUCAAGGCAGAGGGCAACGCGUUCGUCAAACAGUUCCACACGAACCCCGACGCAUUUCUUGGUUGGGAGGUACACAGUGACGGGACCAUUUGGUUCGACCUGGACUGCAUGGACCUGGACGAGCUGCAGUACUGUGGGUUCGGCUUUAGCGAGACGGAUCAGCCGGCCGGCACACACCAUGACACAGACGUCUACAUCGCACACCGGAGGCAGGUGGAAGAUAGGUACUCUGCCAGCAACUGGAGCACACCGCGGCUGGACCAGCACCAGGACGUGAGCUGCGACCACUGCGCGGUGCUGGACGGCAGGCUGCACGCCACCUUCUUCCGCAACCUCAGCACCGGCGACGUGGCGCAGGACGUCAGCAUCGUCAACAGGACGUACCGCGUCAGCUGGGCCAUCGGCGUGGUGCGGGACGGUCGCGUCAGCGCGCACAACUUCACUCCGCGCGCAGAGAGCGAGUACAUGUACAUCAACUUUCUCGAGCCAGAAGCCACGGAGAUGCCGAAGUUCGAGGUGCACCACGAGGUAUCUGCGGCGGGGGCGCUGCAGAUGGUGAUGACGGCAGUUUUAGGAUUCGCCCUCCUCUGUGAGCUCCUCUCCUGAGGCCAGCUCGACUACGGUGUUGUCGACAGGUGGCGAAAUAUAGGUAGUGUUAUUUAUGACGUAACCUCGGCUACGGCGGAACGUAGGAUAGCUUAUGAAAAGUGGAUGUCGAAUGUUCUGCGAAUGUGCAUGUCUGUAGGAUCUUAUAAGCGUGAAUAGUGUGCAUAUUUGUUAUCAGGAAGCACAAAUAUGUUUAUAUGAGAAGGUGAAGGUGUUCUGGGGCACUAACUUUACGUGGUUCGUACCUUGC